AUGAUUAUCGGGUCUGUAUACUUCAAAAAGAAUCUGGAUCUUCAUUACUUACUAGAAUUGUUGCAGGACACCCUGGACCAGAUAAAAGCUCAGCAAAACUAUGAUAUUCUCGUCCUUGGGGGUGACAUGAAUGCCAAAGUAGGAUUGGUUGAUAUUUGGCCAGAAGAAAUCUUCGAAGGUCUCACGAUAAACGACCGCAUGAGCACUACCGAUAGUACCAUUUGUGAAAGAGGAAGAAAACUUAUUGAAUUUAUGGCUGAUAACAACUUUGUACUCAUCAACGGAAGAUCAUUAAGCGACUCACCAGUACAGCCGACAUUUGAUGAAAGAGGCACUUCAAUCAUCGAUCUGAUAUGGGUGGAUGCCUCCUGUAUGCACCUCAUAACGGAUCUUGAAAUUCUCAUGGAGUCCACUCUGUCUGAUCAUAGGCCAGUCUGCCUUACUCUUAACAUUCCCUGGAAAACUCAUUAUGACAUCAUCUCAGUCCCUCCUGCCAAACCAGUCACAAAAGUUAAAUGGUCGAAUGAAUCCAAGAUCGAAUACCAGCUGCAGCUACUCAAGGCGGAAAUCCCCAAUACUAAUAAUCGACAAACACAGCAGAUCUAUGAUCUAAUACACAGCGCCAUGAUUAAGGCGGCUGACCAGGCGGGCAUCUUAGUGACAAAAGUUCCUUCUCUGCCACAUUCUUGCCUGAUAAAUCCGUGGUUUGACAUAAAUUGCAAAAUGGCCAAAAGGAAUCUCCGAAAAGCCCUACGCACGUAUAAGGCCAGUCAUCUCUCACCCAUCAGCAAAAAUAAUGUGGCUAGCUGUAAAAAAGCCUACAGAGAUAUUUGCGCACCCAGGAAAAAAUCUUACUAUGAAGAUAUCAAAGACGCCUUCGCUAACUUGUCAAAUCCAGCGAGUUUCUGGGCAGCGGUAAAAAAAUAUACCUUCAAAGGAAGCCUGUCCACGACUAUUUCAAUAAGCAGAUGGAAUACCUUCUACACCAAUAUCUACCAGCCCCGCUACUAUGUCCACGCCAGACCUUCGACCUUUUACAACGAACUGCUAGACUCCGAAAUCUCGCACGAUGAACUGGAAGAGGUUCUUUGCGCUCUGAAACACGCCAAAGCAGCCGGACCAGACCUCCUGACAAACGAGCUAUUUCAAAACCUCACAGGAUCUUGGAGGAAUCUACUAAGGGAUCUCUUUAAUCGAAUACUCGAAGAAGAAAUUGUCCCCAAUAAUUGGGCCAAUGCACUGAUGACAAUGAUUUUCAAAAAAGGAGACAAAACCGAUCCAGCUAAUUACCGCGGUAUUGCCCUUGUUAAUGCGGUGACAAAAAUAUUCACUCUGAUAAUGAAAAGACGAUUCGUGAAAUGGAUGGACACAGAAAAAAUUCUUCUAGAAUCCCAACUGGGCUUUAGGAAAGGGAGAGGUUGUACGGAUGCAGUUUUCAUUCUCCACAGUGCACUCCAACUACAACUAAGGCAUAAUGACGGACGUGGGAUCUUUGGAAUUUCGGUAGACUUCAAAAGAGCCUUCGAUUCUGUUCCACAUCCACGACUCUGGCAAAAACUGCGAGAUAAAAAUGCAAGCAGCAAAUUCAUAAACGUACUUAUUUCACUGUACGAAUCGGCGUCUUUCCAAGUUAAAACAAACGGUGAACUCUCGGAUAAGUUCGAUGUAACCAGGGGUGUGCUACAGGGAGAAUCAUUGAGUGCCGAUCUCAUCUUCUUCCUGUGGGACUUUGAGCAGUUCUUCCGGAAUCGGGGCUUAAUCGGACUAAACAUAGACGGAUUAAACGAUCUAAUUACUCUACUUUAUGCAGAUGAUACAUCAAUUCUCGCACACUCACAUGUGGACCUCUCCAGGAAGCUAAAAGCGCUACAGGACUAUUGCGCAGCUAACGGCCUCGAAGUAAAUCGCAGUAAAACCAAAAUUAUGAUCUACAAAGCAGCUGGCAGAACAAGACCAAUUCCUGAACUGAUCAGAUCCUACAAUGGACACCCCCUGGACAUUGUUAAUAAGUUGGAUUUCUUAGGCGUCAAAAUAUCUUCAUCCACCCUUGGACUCGCUGCUCUCAACUCAGCUGUGCUAAAAGCAAAAAGUGCUACAGGUAUCGCUAUCUCGAUACUAUCAAAAGCUAAAUGCGACUCCUGGGAUGCCUACAAUAAAUUGUACGAAAGCUUAGUAGCCUCGGUACUAUUGUAUGCCUUCCCUGCUUGGGGUCUCCGAUACCGCAACUCGCUAGAAGUCACCCAAUGCUUCUUUUACAAAAAGUUACUACAUCUCUCACGUAACACUGCUGACUGGGCAAUCAGAUUGGAGUUCAACCUGACCCCUGUAGCCUGGAAGGCCAUGAAGCUGCUAUGGAUGUGGAUCAUCAAGAAACUACGCUCUGAAGAAUCUACCCUGGUCAAAAUUUGCCUACAUAGAACCUAUAACCUGCCGAAGGAAAUGCAACACGUCUCUAAAACUAACUGGGCAUCCCAACUUAGAGAGUUCCUCUCAGAGUGCAAUCAUGCGGAGCUUUUCAACAACCUAGAUCCCGACCUCUGGGAAGCUAAAACCGAUGAUGUCUUUAGCAGAUACCGGGCUGUUCUAAGAAAUAAAGAUUUUGAUGCAUACAGGCAAUCUACCUCUGCUCAGCUAUCACUCCACAGAACAUUGCAGGACCGGGAACCGGCCUACCUCCUGGCAAAUUACUCGAUCUCAAUCAAGCGUAUUUUUGCCCAGCUGAGACUUGCCAAUAAAUUCAUCUGUCACCUGUCACUCCUGAACUCAUCCUGUAAACUUGAUCCAGCAAAUAUGUGUCCUUUAUGCAAUCUGCAAGAACUAGACACCAUCGAACAUUUCAUGAUGAGAUGCCCGCUCUUCACCCCGUACAGAAACCACUAUCUCAGCCAACUUAUACUCAAUGACACCGACGUAACCACGCUACUUAACGCUUCAAGUGAACGGUCUAUCUUUCCCGUCUACAACUACACUAGGAAAUGUAUCCUGCUCCGCAACUGGGCCCUACAACACUAA